UGCAGCUCUCCGCUGGAGGCAGAGCUGCGAGCUUUGCUGCAGAAGAGGAUCCUGAUCCUGGACGGUGGCAUGGGAACAAUGAUCCAACAGUACAGUCUAGAGGAGGAAGAUUUUAGGGGGCAGGAGUUUGUAGAGCACAAGCACCCACUGAAGGGCAACAACGACGUUCUCAGCAUCACACAGCCAGAUCUCAUUUACAAAAUACACAAGUGGAAGUUGCAUUUGUUUAAACUUUGUUUCUGCUUUAUGAAGGAGUACCUAAAAGCUGGCGCAGACAUCAUUGAAACCAACACGUUCAGCAGCACGUCGGUUGCUCAGGCAGACUAUGGGCUGGAAUGCAUGGCAUACCGCCUUAACAAGACUUCAGCAGAACUCGCCAGGAAGGCAGCAGAUGACUUCACCAAACAGUCUGGUGGAAAACGCUAUGUGGCUGGAGCCCUGGGUCCCACCAAUAAAACCCUCUCUGUGUCCCCGUCUGUGGAGAGACCCGAUUUCAGGAAUAUCUCAUUUGAUGAGCUCGUAGAAGCCUACUCGGAACAGGUCAGGGGAUUGUUGGAUGGCGGAGCUGAUAUCCUUCUCGUUGAAACAAUUUUUGAUACUGCAAAUGCUAAGGCUGCCUUGUUCGCCAUUGAGCUGCUUUUUGAAAAGAGCUACGAAAGAAAGCCUAUUUUUAUCUCGGGGACCAUUGUUGACAGGAGUGGACGGACCCUCUCUGGGCAGACAGGAGAAGCCUUUGUAGUGAGCCUGUCCCAUGCUAAGCCACUAUGUAUAGGUCUGAACUGUGCCCUGGGGGCGACAGAAAUGAGGCCCUUCAUUGAGGCUAUUGGAAAAAACACUACAGCUUUCAUUAUUUGUUAUCCUAAUGCAGGUCUUCCCAACGCAUUUGGAGGGUAUGAUGAAACCCCUCAAAUGAUGGCCUCAAAAAUGAAGGAGUUUGCAAUGGAUGGACUUGUCAAUAUCGUGGGAGGAUGCUGUGGGACAACCCCCAUGCACAUCAGUGCCAUAUCUGAAGCAGUGAAGCAAGGCCAGCCUAGAAUCCCCGAUGAUGAUAUUUAUGCAGACUGCCUGCAGCUCUCAGGUUUGGAACCAUUCAGAAUUGGACCAUACACCAAUUUUGUAAAUAUUGGAGAACGUUGCAAUGUGGCUGGGUCACGCAAGUUUGCUAAGCUGAUCAUGUCUGGACAGUACGAGGAAGCUUUGAACGUUGCAAAGGUUCAGGUGGAGAUGGGAGCCCAGAUCUUGGAUAUAAACAUGGACGAUGGCAUGUUGGAUGGACAAACGGCCAUGACUCGAUUUUGUAACUUCAUUACCUCUGAGCCAGAUAUUUCAAGGGUUCCUCUGUGCAUUGACUCUUCAAACUUCGCAGUGAUUGAGGCUGGCCUGAAAUGCUGUCAGGGGAAGUGUAUCGUCAACAGCAUCAGUCUGAAGGAAGGAGAGGAGGAGUUUCUGCAAAGAGCAGCCACCAUAAAGCGCUAUGGAGCUGCUGUGGUGGUCAUGGCCUUCGAUGAGGGGGGGCAGGGGAUUGCUUCCUUAUAUUUAAAGGUUAUCAAGUCUGCUCGCGUUAUGAAGAAGGCAGUGGGCUACUUGGUUCCUAUCAUGGAGAAGCAGAGGGAGGAGAUGAUGGCAUCCUCAGGAUCAGUUGUGGAAAUGGAUCCUUAUCAGGGUACCAUCGUUCUGGCUACGGUGAAGGGAGAUGUCCACGAUAUUGGCAAGAACAUUGUUGGAGUGGUGUUAGGUUGUAACAACUUCAGAGUGAUCGACCUGGGUGUGAUGGUUCCCUGUGACCAGAUUCUCAGCAAAGCUGUGGCCCUGAAAGCUGACAUCAUUGGUUUGUCAGGCCUCAUCACCCCGUCUUUAGAUGAGAUGAUCUACGUGGCCAAAGAAAUGGAGAGACUUAAUAUGACGACGCCGUUGCUGAUUGGUGGAGCCACCACUUCAAAGACGCACACGGCAGUGAAGAUCGCACCACGCUACACCUCUCCUGUCAUCCACGUGCUCGACGCCUCCAGGACUGCAGUAGUGUGCUCACAGCUAAUGGAUGAUUCACACAAGGAGGAGUACUUUGAGAGCCUGAAAGAGGAGUAUGAAGAGGUCAGGCAGGAUCACUAUGACACACUUAAGGAUCGUAGGUAUCUGUCUCUAACAAAGGCCAGAGAGAAGGCUUUACACAUAGACUGGACCUCAAUCCCUAGGCCAGUGCGCCCUCGAUUCCUUGGCACCCAUGUGUUUGAAUCUUAUGACUUGAACCGUCUGGUGGACUUUAUUGACUGGAAGCCUUUCUUUGACGUGUGGCAACUACGAGGAAAAUACCCUAACAGAGGAUAUCCAAAGAUUUUCAAGGACAGUGUUGUUGGUUCGGAGGCUCGCAGAGUCUUUGAUGAUGCCCAGUUGUUCCUCAGCCGCAUGAUUAAGAGCGGCAGCCUGACUGGACGAGGCCUGGUGGGCUUUUGGCACGCUCAAAGCAACGGUGAUGACAUCAAUCUGUACAAAGAGGUUCCAGAGGACAAAGGCACCAAACCCAUUGCUGUGUUCCAUGGCUUACGGCAGCAGGAGCUGAGUCAGCAGUUCCAGACCAAAGGAGAUGACUACAGCAGCAUCAUGGUCAAAGCUCUGGCUGACCGCCUUGCUGAGGCAUUUGCUGAGGAGCUCCACAGUAAGGUCCGGAAGGAGCUGUGGGGCUAUUCUGCUGAUGAGGCUCUGCAAACGUCAGACCUCCACAGAGUUCGCUACAGAGGCAUCCGGCCUGCGGCGGGCUACCCCUGCCAGCCGGACCACACGGAGAAGGAGGUCAUGUGGAGCCUGGCUGCUGUUCAGGAGAACACUGGUAUCUGUCUGACAGAGUCCUUAGCGAUGACCCCUGCUGCUUCAGUGUCUGGACUUUACUUUUCCAACCCUCAGGCCUCGUAUUUCAAUGUUGGAAAGAUCACCAAGGAACAGGUGGAAGACUAUGCCAGAAGGAAAGAGAUGAGUGUGGAGGAGGUGGAGAGAUGGCUUUCUCCCAUCCUUGGCUAUGAGAGGGAUGCAUAG